CAUGUAUAAUCUGGUACUGCUUCCUACAGGUCUAAGCACUCUUCAUUUCCCUAUUCCUUUCUCCCAUCUAGGCCUGAAGUGGAAUGAUCUUUUUCAAGCAACUUGAUUUGUUCUUUUCACCAAAGUGAUAACCAAGAUCAACACCGUACAAAAAAAAUAAAGAGAAGGGAAAGCAAACCCACUUCUACAAUUACCUUAAUCAUUAGUUUGAUCCAUGAUCAAUUAAAAUAUGAUCAAAAGUUUAAAACCAGAAACCCCAUUAAGAUCACAUUCCAAUUAAGAUCACCAUCACAGUUUUGCAGCCAGUACCGUUGUUUUCAAAUUCCGGCCCGUCACUCUAUCUCGAUGCUUUCGUUUUCGGAAGAUUGGUGGACUCUCUGCAGUCACUUGUUCUGAAUUCCGUCGCCAUGCGUUUGCUUUUCAGCUUGUGGUGAGUGUUGGUUCCCUCGUGAAUAUCCAGAAACCACCCGAACCUUUACUUUUGCAGCCUCGCUUGCUGUUGGUGGGAUAUUUGUUGCUUUAUCCAGUUUGCUGUCUACAAAGUACAAAACUUUGUGCUUUACUUUGCUUGUUGUUUUUUGUAUUUUUUCUUUCUUUUAUCCAUAAAGCGUUAUGCUGUUGCUUAAUUAAUUAGUCUUUAGUUCUCCAUGCCAGAACUUGAAAUGGGUUUGUCUUGUUCUUUUGGGAGACUUACUUCACUAAGCUAAAUUUUUAAAAAAUUCUUUUUGGGCUCUUUGCCUUCUGGGUUUGUUAGUGUUGCUACUUCCCUUGUAACGGAAUGAUUCCCUUUGCUUUCCGUGGAUAAUACAGAUUUCUGGUUAAUUUUGAUCUGAUUCUAAUAUUUGUUCAGCGUGACCAUUAAUUCAUAGACAAAUUGGUGGAUUCCGUUUAUUCAUCUUCUGUCAUGUGCUUGAAGAUAGAUGGUCAGUGGUCAGAAAUGUUAUUCAGUAUCACCAUGAACCUGGUUUUGCUGCUGUCAACUUCCAUUCUCUUUAUUGGAGUGUUUUCAGAAGAGGCUUCGAAACCUGAUGUUGUCAAUGUUGGAGCUAUUUUCUCAUUUAAUUCUAUCAAUGGGAAAGUUGCAAAGGUUGCAAUGAAGGCUGCUGAGAAUGAUAUUAACUCUGAUCCUAGUGUUCUUGCUGGUAGGAAAUUGACUAUAAGCCUGCAUGAUUCUAACUACAGCUCAUUUCUUGGCAUUAUUGGAGCAUUGCAAUUUAUGGAGACUGAUAAAGUAGCAAUAAUUGGUCCACAAAAUUCUGUGAUGGCUCACGUCCUAUCACAUCUUGUAAAUGAACUCCAUGUUCCACUAUUGUCAUUCACGGCCCUAGAUCCCAGCCUGUCACCUCUGCAGUAUCCUUUCUUUGUUCAAACAGCCCCAAAUGACCUAUUCCAGAUGAUUGCCAUUGCUGAGAUGGUUAGUUAUUUUGGUUGGGCUGAUGUAAUUGCUCUUUUUAGUGAUGAUGAUCAGAGCCGAAAUGGUAUAAUCACAUUAGGCGAUAAACUUUCCGAGAGACGUUGCAGAAUUUCUUAUAAAGGUGCACUUUCACCAGACCCAACAGCAACACGAAGUGAAGUUUCUAGAGAAUUAGCUAAGAUUCAAAUGAUGGAAUCUCGAGUAAUUGUUCUUCACACUUUCUCAAAAACAGGUCUCUUGGUCUUUGAUGUGGCCAAGAGCCUUGGAAUGAUGGGGAAAGAAUAUGUUUGGAUAACUUCUAGUUGGCUGUCCACUGUUCUAGAUUCAACUUCUCCACUUAAAUCAGAGACAGCAAACUCAAUCCGAGGAGCACUAACACUUCGUCCUCAUACACCUGAUUCGAAAAGGAAAAGGAAUUUUAUGUCUCGUUGGAACCAGCUGAGUAACGGUUCUAUUGGGUUUAACCCUUAUGGUCUAUAUGCGUAUGAUACUGUUUGGAUGAUUGCUCGUGCAGUAAAGUUGUUACUAGAUCAGGGCGGCACCCUUUCAUUUUCCAAUGAUACAAGAUUGAAUGGUCUUAGUGGGAGGACUCUUAACCUUUCUGCAUUAAAUACAUUUGAUGGUGGGAAGCAGUUGCUUAAAAACAUAUUGGAGACAAAUACGACAGGUCUGACAGGCCCUAUGCAGUUUAAUCAAGAAAGAUCCCUGAUAAAUCCUUCAUUUGACAUUAUUAAUGCAAUUGAAACUGGGAAUCAACUUAUUGGAUACUGGUCUAACUACUCCGGUCUUUCCAUUGUGUCACCAGAGACACUUUAUGGUAAAAAGCCUAACCGUUCUAGUUCAAACCAACAGUUAGACAGUGUGGUAUGGCCUGGAGGAGAAACAACAAAGCCUCGUGGAUGGGUUUUUCCGAACAAUGGAAGAGAACUAAGAAUUGGAAUUCCAAAGCGAGUUAGCUACCGAGACUUUGUGUUGCUAGUCAAUGGCACGGAUAAUGUGGAAGGAUAUUGCAUAGACGUAUUCCUUGCUGCAAUUAGAUUGCUUCCAUAUGCUGUUCCAUACAGGUUCAUUCCGUUUGGAGAUGGCCAUAAGAACCCAAGCUAUUAUGAGCUUGUCAGUGAAGUUAGUGCUGGUGUCUUCGAUGGUGUCGUAGGUGACAUUGCCAUUGUGACAAACCGAACAAAAAUAGUAGAUUUCACUCAGCCAUAUGUAGAAUCUGGGCUGGUUGUGGUAGCUCCAGUCAAAAAGAUAAGUUCGAGUCCUUGGUCCUUCUCGCGGCCAUUUACUCCAUUAAUGUGGGCAGUCACGGCAGCGUUUUUCCUCAUUGUGGGAGCAGUUGUGUGGAUCCUUGAACAUAGAAUAAAUGAUGAAUUCCGGGGCCCUCCUAAGCAGCAAAUUGUCACAAUUUUGUGGUUCAGCUUCUCUACAAUGUUUUUUGCCCAUAGAGAAAAUACAGUGAGCUCGCUGGGACGCCUUAUACUGAUUAUCUGGCUUUUCGUAGUUCUGAUAAUCAACUCAAGCUACACUGCAAGCCUGACAUCAAUCCUCACGGUGCAACAGUUGUCAUCACCCAUCAAAGGAGUUGAUACCUUAAUUAGUAGCAAUGAACCGAUAGGCUUCCAAGUAGGGUCUUUUGCUGAAAACUAUCUGAUAGAGGAACUGAAUAUUCCAAAAUCAAGACUUGUUUCUCUUGGCUCACCAGAAGAAUAUGCCCAUGCCCUGCAGAGUGGAAGGGUAGCUGCAAUAAUUGAUGAGCGACCCUAUGUGGACCUCUUCCUCUCAGACCACUGUAAAUUCUCAAUUAGAGGCCAGGAGUUUACUAAAAGUGGAUGGGGAUUUGCAUUUCCUAAAGACUCUCCACUAGCCAUUGACAUGUCUACUGCCAUUCUUGCUCUAUCUGAGAAUGGUGAGCUUCAGAAGAUUCAUGACAGAUGGCUGUCAAGGAAGGCUUGUAGUUCUGAGGCUGAAUCUGAACAGCUUGACUUACAAAGCUUCUGGGGGCUAUUCCUUAUAUGUGGAAUUGCAUGUGUUCUUGCUCUCCUCGUGUACUUUUCGUUGAUGUUUCGCCAGUUCAGCCGGCACUGUCCUGAGGUACCUGAUUCUACAAUCCCUGCAAGCUCCCGUUCUGCACGUCUUCAAACAUUUCUAUCAUUCGUUGAUGGGAAGGUAGAGAAACCCAAAAGCAGCUCAAAAAGAAAACGUGAGAGUAUUUCAGGAAAUGGUUAUCAUAAAGAGGAGGAAUUGACUUUUAGAUCGGGGAGGAUUGAGAGGGACAUUUCCCAUGAAAGGCAGAAUGGUGACUCAUGGCUCGUUAAAUAAUAUGGUCAGUUGCAAUUGAAUACUACUACUCUCACGGAUCACUUCAUCCUCCAGUUUAGAAGGAUCGUCUUUGAUGUUCUAGGUAGAGAUUGUUCACCCCCAUUCUCUGCUCCAGUGGUCCUCCUGGGGUUUCAGCUGAUUCAAUCAUCUAUACAGAGGCAUUAACGUAAAAAUGUAACAUAUUACAUAUAUGAUUAUGAUCUAUAAGAAACAGUGUGAAUGUUUCUCAAGUAUAGUACUUCACAGCAUGCAGAAUUGAUCACUGCAGUUCCUUGUUCAGAUCAUAGUGAAUGCGAUGCCCCUACCCUUUUCUUUCAAGAAAAAUCAUAGGCUUGCUACCGAGCUUGUUACCCCUUUGGCCACUCUGUGCUGGCCAUUUCCGUGGGGGAAUCAAGCACCAUGAAGGAAAAUGCCGGAACCUUCAGCGCAACUGAUUAAUAGCUGCUGGAAUGGGUACCAAGUUUAGGCUUGUAGACUGUUUGGUUUCAGGUGCUGUAUGUUAUUCCUGCUACCAAGACAAAAGUUUCAGGUGCUGUUUGGUCUUGGGAGUUAUUGUUGGGAGCAAGGAAACGUUUUCAAUCAGCCCCAUACCACAAUAAAUAAAUGAGAUCCUUCACAACGCUCUUGUUCAGUUUGUUUAGUAGCCGAAGGCCCAACUUCAGCCGGGCUGUAAAUAAUGCUAAACCUUGCGUCCAAUCAAAGGUUGCCU